AAAUCAUCAGCCAAGAUGUCGUCAUGCAAAGUAUGCCUGAAGUCUCGUCAAACCCAGGUGCUGUUGAGGCUAUCGCUGUUCAUCCUACCAAUCCUGACAAGUUUCUUAUUGGAUUCAAUCGUGGCUACAUAGUUCUGUGGGACAACAAAACUAACAAUGCUGACCGUACUUACAAUGCAAGCCAACAGCUGGAGAGUUUGGACUGGCAUCGUAAUGGUACAGAUUUCAUUACUGCGCAUGCAGAUGGCAGCUAUCUAAAAUGGAGCACUGAGGAAUCUUCGUCUCCGAAAGAGUCUUCGACAACACCUUAUGGGCCAUUUCCUUGUAAAGCCAUCAGUAAAAUUCAGUGGAAAUCCUCUAAAUCUGGUCCGUUUUACAUAUUUUCGGGUGGCAUGCCACGUGCUAGCUAUGGAGAUAAGCACACAGUCACCGUAAUGCAGGAAGAGAACCAUGUUGUUUUUGAUUUCACUUCGAAAGUCAUCGAUUUUAUCACCAUUUCCACAGCUGACGAAGAAAACAAAGAGGACGGUAGACAAGAAUACGAUGAACCUCAUGCUUUGGUUGUCUUGGUUCAAGAAGAAAUUGUUGUCAUUGAUUUGGACUCACCCAACUGGCCUGCUUUCAAACUCCCCUAUUUAAACAGUUUACACUCCUCGGCUAUUACCUGUUCAUACCACGUUAACAAUGUACCGGAAGAAUUAUGGCAAAAAAUCAUUGAUGCUGGAGAGACCCAAGUCGGAAAAUAUUCCCAUAGGACCUGGCCUAUUGAUGGUGGCAAAAGACUUGCUUCCGAAACAUUAACUAGGGAUUUGUUGUUGACUGGGCAUGAAGAUGGUACGAUUCGUUUCUGGGAUGCUUCAACCACAAGUCUUACAUUCCUAUACAAGCUUUCCACUGCCAAUAUCUUCAGUGGAGAAACUUCCCCACCAGAUAAUUCCGCAGGAGAGGCUGAAGAAGAAUGGCCGCCUUUUAAAAAGGUUGGCAGUUUCGACCCCUACAGUGACGAUCCUCGUUGGGCUAUUCAGAAGAUUGCUCUUUGCCCACUCAGUGAAACCUUGAUAGCAGCAGGGACCGCUGGUCAAGUCAUAGUCUUGCAGAUGGAACGAGAACAACGAGAGCAAGAGGUGACCCAUGUCACCAUAAACAUUGUCGGAGAUAGUGAUAACUUUGUUUGGAAGGGCCAUGAAGCCUUAGCACCCCAAGAAGGGGAUCUGAAAUUUGCCCCUGGCUUUCAACCAACCUGUGUAAUGCAGCUGUUACCCCCUGCAGCUUGUACAUCUCUCACUAUUAAUUCAGAAUGGCAACUUGGGGCUGCUGGUACUGCUCAUGGAUUUGCUCUCUUCGAUUAUUGCCAGAAGAAAGGAAUACUCUAUCGCUGCACUUUAAAUCCAAAUGACAUGACCAAUGCUGUUGUGAAUGACUCUCUUCUUUCUCGCCGUAUUUCCUUCAAAAAAUCAUUGAGAGAGUCAUUCCGGCGCUUAAGAAAAUCCCGUGCUAACAGACGAGAGAAAAUGAAAAAAGAAAAAUGGGCCAGGCGAAAUAAACGAAUGAAUUGUGAGAUUGAAGGAGGAGAAGCAGCCUCUACUGAAGGCACGGCGCCAGCUGAAGGUGCUUCUGCUAGUGCAUCUCCGUUGUCAUCAUCUCCAGAAUUAAAGCCAAUGGAGAGGCAAGUAGAAGCCCGGAGUUUGGAUGAUUCCAUGGCCUCCAUAGUGAGAUUCUUGUAUUUCGCAGAUACUUUUGCAAUCAACAAUACAUCUCCUCAACCUACACUGUGGGUGGGUACCAAUGCUGGAUACGUAUAUAUCUACACAAUAACAAUUCCACCAAGUGACAAACGUGCCUCUGAAUCUGUUAGUUCAUUCCUUGCUAAAGAAAUAAAACUACGCCAUAGAGCUCCUGUCAUUUCUAUGGCUGUUAUCGACAAAAGAGCUCGUGUGCUACCAGAACCGCUUGAAGUGUUACAUGAACGUGCCAAGGCUGCCGAUAUGAGUGGGGAACACCAACUAGUUGUUUGUUCAGAAGAACAGUUCAAGGUAUUUUCCCUUCCUAAUCUAAAACCAGUGUGCAAGCGCAAACUUACAGUCAUCGAUGGAUCAAUGGUUCGGAAAGUGUCUUUUGUCAACUUCAGGAGUCGUAGUGAUGAAAAUUACAGUGAAUUUGAUAUAGCUUGCUUGACCAAUCUCGGAGAAUUAAGAAUCUACACUCUACCAAGUCUUCGGUUACAGCUGGCAGAAAAUUCCAUUAAGAAAGAGGACCUAAAUGGCAUUUCAUCUUUUAUUUUCACAAAGAAUGGUCAAGGGUUCCAUUUGAUCUGUUCGUCUGAGUUUUGCCGAACAUCGUUAUCAAAACGUUAUGUCACACAACCAAACUGCACCAUAGAAUUGGCAGAGGGAAUGCGACCUGAACCAGUUCCUGAGCCUGAAGUUUUGCCAGAAACAGAACAACAACCUGCAGAACCUUCAGAACAAGUGAAUGCCCCAUCCACAGAGAACCCUGCUAAUGAACUAUCCGAAGCUGGUACUCUCAGUCCUACGGCUUCUCCAAUCACAACUGAGACUGUUAAUGUAAAUGCGACAACUAUCACCACCACUACUAUAACAACAACAGCAACAACAACAGAAGGCACCCCACUGAACAAUACUGGCGACAGUGAUUGUCCCGAAAACAGUAAAGCUGCUGUUGAGGUCAGUUAAGUAUUGCAGUGAUUGU